ACGGGCAAUAGCAAUAGUUACCAUCAGUGUUUAAAAACAAUUAAACAAUGUCUGAAUUCAAUUUUGAAGGAAGUGUUGAUAAUGUAGGCCAGGGACAAUUAGAGUUUAUAAAUAAAGUGAUAAAAGAACAAAAUAUUAAAGUCAAGAAGAUCACGUUUGAACCUGUUGGCAAGGCUGGUGAUAAUUUUGCGGCAAACGUGAGAAGAAUCAUCAUAGAAGGAGAAGAUAGAAGCUUACAAUUGAUUGCGAAAAUUGCACCACAAAAUGAAGUUGGACGUAUGCUGGUCAAAACAACUGAAGUGACUAUGAAUGAACAUAUAAUGUAUACUGAGUUUUUACCGAAGUUACAACAAAUGCAAAUAGAAGCAGGAGUGCCUGAAAAAGAUCGCUUGCGAUACGCUAAAUGUUAUGGAUCUUCAACUGAAUAUUUUCAAGAAAUAAUUCUUUUAGAAGACCUCAAAUUAUCUGAAUUCAUAAUAUUGGAUAAAUUCGUAUCGCUGAACGAUACCUGCGUAAGGAGUGUUUUGAAAAAUCUUGCGAUCUUACACUCCUUCUCAUUUGUGUUGAAAUCUAGGGAACCAGAAACGUUUGAUAGUUUUAAAAAUAGAUUUUUUGAUUUUGUGUCUUCCUUAGCUUUAUCAGAAGAUGCAGAAAAUCACAUAGACCAGUUUAGAAAUACAAUUGUAACUGUGUUUGAUGGAGACGAAGAGUUAAAAAACAAAAUCAAAUAUAUAUCUCAAGAUAUGAUUGCUCUAAUGACUAUGUCUUUAAACUAUGACAAGUAUUCAGUGAUAUUACAAGCUGACCCCUGGACAAAUAAUUUCAUGUUUCGAUUUAAGGAGGACCAACUAUUGGAGUCCAUCAUGAUUGAUUACCAACUUUCGAAAAACGGGAAUCCCGUUUACGAUAUUAUGGCCUUAAUCUUCAACUGCACCGACUAUGAAACCAGGUCUAAACACUAUUUCGACUGGAUUGACUACUACCAUUCAGAAUUAGUUGCAUCCCUGUCUUAUUUUAACCUUGAUGGAAACGUAGUUUACCCAAGGAGUCAAAUAGAUGCAGACAUAAAAAGGUAUGCAAAUUUCCUCUUUGGUCAAAGUUUCUUCGCAUGUAUCAUAGCCAUGAGAGCUGGUGAUGAAGCUCUUGAAAUGGUGGAUGCUAUGCAAAAUUCUAAAGACUAUUCUGCUUUUGCGAAUUCAAUUAAAACUGAUAAAAUGAAACAAGAAUCCCAAGCAUUUAUUAAACAGAAGAUGGUGAACAUUUUGAAGAGUUUUGAAGACUUCGGUUUGUUUCAGGAUUAAAAUACAAUUCGUUUUUAUAUAAAUGUACGUUUUAGUCGAUCCCUUUUUUUUGCAAUACGAUGAUUGCAUUAUGUGAUGCAAUAUUGACUUGACAAAUUGUGUGAAAAUAAAUGUUAAGAUUUAUUA